UACCUUCCCCACCUACAUUCAAACCCCAACUACAAAUGGCCAGGUUCGGCUAUGUUGAGUGUGGGCGUUAUUCAAGGAGGUACUUCAGGCCUGGAAGUGUGCAGGAGCCAGCCAAAGCCCCGGAAGCAGCACAGGACUCUUCCCAACAAUCAUCACAUUCAGCAAACUGCCUGGAAACAGAACAGAAUUCUUCCGAAGAGUCAUCAGAUUCAGAGGACUCCCUGGAAACAGAAUGGGAUUCUCCUGAACAGUCACCAGAUCCAGAGAACUCUCUGGAAACAAAGCAGGACUCUUCCCAAAAGUCAUCAGAGGCCUCCCCAGAAGCAAAGGUGCCACCAUCCACUGCUGCAGGGCCUCGGAGCUCAGUGGAGACGAAGGGGUCUGGACAGUCGGCGGAGGCAAAGGCCCCUGGCUUCAGAGCGGAGGAGGUUUUCGAUGUCCAGCCGGUGUCCGGUGUGCUGCAGCCGGGCAAGAGCCAGCAGGUACCCUUCACCUUCUUUGGCCAUGCCAACAUCAUCACCCGUGUCACAGCGCUGUGCCGGGUGGAGGGAGGCCCGACCUACGAGGUGGAGCUGAGGGGGGAGACUUCGGUCCUCACCUACCACCUGAGCGACAAGGAGAUUGACUGCGGGCUGCAGCUCUUUAAUGAAGUCACCAGAGCCGAGGUCACCCUGCGGAACAACGGGAAGGUUGGAUUCACCUACGUGGUACAGAGCCCCAGCUCUGGCACUGCAAAGAACCCUCUGCCUGGUGUGCUCGUGGUCCUGCCCAACACA